AUGGAUUCGGACUCGGAGUACGAGCAGCAGCUGUCGCAGGAUCGGCGGGCGUCUGCCAGACAGGGAUUAGCCCCAGCCCGCGAGCUCCAACUUGGUGACGAUGCUGGCACAUGGGACGUCGACCUCUUUGCUCCUGCGCAAUCAUCCACUCAACAACAACAACAACAAUUUCCCUUCCACAUACCACCCGAAGAAUAUAGCGAACCAUCUUCCUCGCCCGCAUCCUCCGCACCCGGCUCUGUCAUCAGCCUGAACUCCCACCAAUCCGAACGCGCAGACGAAGCCGACGACGACGAUUUCGAGCUCAUCCACGAUAUCCAAAUCCCACAAGCCAGCUUUGACGGAACUGCUGAGCACAAUCUUCCCGGACACAGCGACCCGUACCAUCGCACCAUCCGCGAGCUGAAUACGCAGUACUCCUCCGCCAGGGAGCACAUCAGCGCUUUUGCUGAGCGUAUCUACAAGCCUGCUGUGCCAGGCACCAGCAUUAUGGAGGGCAGGAGCAGCAAUGACUACGACAGCCCGGACUGGCCGCAAGCUGGUGAGAAUGCGGACCCGCAAGACCUGGCUGGUCCAGGAGCAACUGGCCGGUUAGAAUGCAACGUCAGGGAUCCGCAGAAAGAGGGCGAGGGCACUCAGAAUCCAUAUGUUUCCUACCUGGUGACGACGGAUACCGAUUUCAAAUCUUUCCAAUCUUCGCAUGUUGCUGUCCGCAGGCGCUUCACGGAUUUCGCUUUCCUCUAUAGGACCUUGGCAAAAGAGUAUCCGCAAUGCGCAGUCCCACCUCUUCCGGACAAACAAAACAUGUCGUACGUCCGAGGAGACCGCUUUGGUCCCGACUUUACUGCCAGGCGGGCGUACUCACUGGCGAGGUUUCUCAAACGCCUAUCUCUUCAUCCCGUUUUGCGUAGAGCUACGGUUCUGACGCUAUUCUUGGAGUCGAACGAUUGGAACACCGUCAUGAAGUCACGGCCGAAUCGAGGCAUGAGCAGCAGUGAGACCGCGAAUAGUUCAGUGUUGGAGAGUUGGACGGACAGCUUCUUGAACGCGUUCACCAAACCGCACAAGACGGAUAAGCGCUUCCAAGAGGUCAACGAUCGUGCGGGCAAAUUGGACGAUGACCUUGGGACUGUCAGCAAGACUGUCGCUCGCGUAGCUAAGCGCGAGGGUGAUCUUGAAGCGGACUAUGCAGACCUCGCAACACAAUUUCAAAAGCUUGCAACUCUGGAGCCAGGCGUGCAAGAUGAGCUCACGAAAUUUGCGACCAGCGUGCAGAAUACAAGCGAGGGCUGGAAAAUUCUCAAGGACCACACCGAUCAGGAUUAUCUGGGCUCACUGAAGGACAUGGAGGCUUAUAUAGCGUCAGUGAAAGCUCUGUUGAAAACACGAGAGCAGAAGCAACUGGACUUCGAGGGUCUGACGGACUAUCUCAACAAAGCAGCACAAGAGCGCGACAACCUUGCCAGCCACGGCUCAAUCGGUGCCUCUGGCUUUCUGAGACAGAAGAUUGAAGAUGUGCGAGGUGUGGACCACGAGCAAUCCCGACGCGAACGAGUACGAAAGCUUGAGGUGCAGAUUAGCCGCCUACAGACCGAAGUGGAAAAUGCCAAGAAGACAACGGAAGCAUUUGAUGAGGAAGUCGACAAGGAGGUGUCUGACUUUGAGCGGAUCAAAGCUGUCGAGUUCCGCGACAGCCUGGGUGGAAUGGCCGAUGCGAACAUCGACUUCUUCAAGAACAAUAUCGACGUGUGGGAGCGCUUCAUCUCGGAUAUGGAGAAGCAGCAAGCAGAAGCCGCGGCGGCGCAGGCUGCGUGA